AUGGGGCAAACCUCUAACUAUUUUGGACACCACCCUACCUUAAAGAAAGAUUCAAAUUUCUUGGCCCGUGCACAUCUCAAGGCGCUCAGCGUUCCACCCGAGAAAAUGUGCUUAGAAUGCUGUUCUACAGCGAUGCUGUGCGCCGCAAUCAUGACAGAGCAUUGGGAGCACGUGUCGUGGGAACGCGCUGCCCUGGCCGCUCUCGCGAACGCAUCCAACACGGCUCUCCAUUGGCUGCUUGAUGAGAAAGUCGUGAAGAUCGAAGAUGCGAACUCCAGGAAGGGCGGCGGUACGUUUCUCGUUCCAAUGAAUGGUGGAAUUUGGACCAUGUGCGUCUCCCUAGAAGAGGAAGAAGUAUCAAUAUUGUCAAGAGCCGGAUUUCCAAAGGAGCCGCUGUGCACAAAUUAUUUAGCUGACGAUGAAAAUGAGGAGCAAAGGGGUGAUUGGCAACAUCGUAUGCAGAACCUUUCCAUUUCGUGCGCGCUGGUAUGUCUCAUCGUAUUGGGCAGUGCAGCAUUGGUGGGCGCUUUUGGUGUUUGUAAGCACCAAAUUAGCGCUGUUCUUGUUACCGGCGUUAUGUAUCUCUUAGCCGGUUUAUUCGCAAUGUUCACACUGAUGAUAAUCCACUUCAAGCGCGUCCAAAGAGUCUCUACCCGUGGAAGCUCACAUGGGGACGACACAGCCGACGGGGUCGUAGGCCCACGCUACCCCGCCCUACCCUUACUAUCAGCAAGGGAAUUCACUACUUCGUGGUCAUUAGAUUUAGGGUGGGGAGGUGUUGCAUUGGCGACAACUACAUCACUCCUGUGGAUAUUGCUAUCUAAAAUAAUGAGAUACAAUCCUAUAUCGUCUAUGCUGUUAUGAAUUUGUUUUUAAUUAUGAUGCCUAACCAAUGUCCACAUUACCCCGAUCUCCCCUAAGAGUAAAUUCACACCGAGAUAGUAGCGUUUAACAGUUCCCAGCUCGGCCAUAAGGUUAGUCUAGUUCACAGUCCAGUAAAGUCUAGUGACUACGUAGUACGUACUUAACAAUUAUUCAUUUUAAAGUCAACAUCUCCUGAGGA